AUGCCUCCUUUCCGCAAUCUACUCGGUCGCAAGCCUCAAUCCAAUUCCGAAGACCCCGUCUUCGACGAGAACCAUCUCUCUCCCGGAGGCCCCGCGCCGAUCCCGCUUCGGAACAGCCAGGAUGAACCAACCGAGUACAAAUUGAGUGUCGUCAACGACAGCGGAGUCUACCUCCCGCCGUCUCCUCCGGAGAGACCGAGCUUUUGGCGCCGCUACCCAGGCUCGAACAAGUCCACCAACCAUCGUGACCUCGUCGAUGAUAACGAGCCUUUCUCUAUAUCCCGCGAAUCCUUCGACUCUUACCGUCGAUCCUUUGAUAUCUCCGCUCGCUCACCUAUCAUCCAUCCUGAUUCAGGACCCUCGCGAGCUUCUCUCGACUCUCGAUGUUCCCGAUUAACCCCAUCGGGCACCCACUCCACCACCUUCACCAAGCCUGACCCCAUGGAAGAAGAAACCUUCGAAGACGUCGGUCUAAGCGACGAAGUAAAGCCCAAGAAGAAGGGUUUUCUUUCUAGGUUUGGUGAUUCUUCUAAUGAUGCGCAACAAGCCAAGUCGUCUACGUCCUUUGGAUUCCAUAUCCCGGGCCGGAAGCGCGGCCAGAGUGGUGGUGGCUCAGAACUUGGAUCCAUGAAACUGCCCCCUACUGUCACUGCUGAUGAGCAGUAA